AUGGCCUCCUUGCGCGAGGAGCUGAGCGAUUUGUUCCAGGGCUGGCCCCCCCUGUGGGCUCGAUGCCGUCGUCAGGGCCUCGUCCGUUCCCUGCCCGACCUCGCCUUGAGCGUCGGCCUGACCAUUGCCAUGUUCUCCUUCUUCAUCUUGCUCGAGGUGUGGGACUUCAGUAGGCUCGCAUGGUCUUUCAUCAACCCGCGGUCGCCGCGCCAUCGGGAGCGCCGCGAGCGCAAUUACGAGCGGCAAGCCUUGAGCAAGCUCUUCCUCGUCGCGCCAGAUCAUAGCGUGUCCCUCUUCGCGCCGUCCACGGAGGACGAGCGCGCCGGCAAGCACCGUAUGAGCUUGAAGCCGUGUCUCCUGUUCGACCGCGUGCCCAUCGAGGUGCGCCGUCACAUACUGCUGCUCGCCUUUGGCGACCGAACGCUGCAUAUGGACCUCAGAUUUCGGAAGCGUCUCAACCUGGUCCUUGAGAAGCCGUAUGAGGGCUGGGAUGUGCACGCGCGCAUCCUCGACUAUUUGACACCUGUCGACGCUCAGCUGCUCGCGAGCGAGAGCAGCCGAUGGCGCUGGUUCGGCUGCGUCUGCCACCGGUUCCCGCCCGAAGGGCCGAGGCACCUCUCGCUCGGCAGGCGGUGCAACAAUCCAUGGAACCACUUCCGUGAGCCUGACAUUGACCGCUGCCUGGACGGCGCCGGUGAGUGCAACAAAUGGCCAGACAAGUGGCCCGGCAAGUGCCAGAUCGGCGUGUUGGGAUGGCUGCUGGCCUGUCGACGGGCGUACGCUGAAGGAGUCGAGGUACUCUACAAGACGAAUACCAUCCACAUAAGCUCACCUGUUCUUCUCCGCUGCAUCCAGGACUUGAUCCCGCGGCAACGACUCGCAGACAUGACGUCCCUGGAGCUCGUGUGGAAGCCAAAGCAGCUCCCGUUACGCUUAGGUUUCACCGGGCGCAAAGGGUCUCCGCCCUUCGAGGCUCCGCUCUUCCCUUCGCUGCGGCAUCUCCGAAUCAGCUUCUACAGGCUGGUGUAUGGAGAAAUUGACGAGGCGACGGGCCUGCAGUGGCCGUACGAGAGCCAGGACGAACUUUCACGCGCGCUACACGAGCGACUAUUCCCGGAGAUUGACAGCGUCCUGGAGAGAAUCGCCCCUCCGAGCGCAGAGGUGGUGGUUUCAUGCUCCAAGUGGGAGUGGUACGAGGUGGUUGACCUGCACCUCCUGGAGAAGCAGGGCCCGGCCAAGACGCAGCUCCAGAGGGCCGAGAUCGAAGGGCUGAAAUGCUGGAGGGAGACGCCGAGGAGGACGAGCGCCGCGGAAGCAGAACACUCUCAGCAGCCACCAGUUCAAAGGGAUGGAUAUUGGAUUCAUAUGUGCUUUGAGGACGUCCACCUCGACUCAGGCCGUGAGUAG